AUGGCUAAGGAAUCGUCCCUCUUGGCAGAACACCUCAUACAGGUAAUUCCAGUCCCUAUGCAUCCUCUAUCUAACUCUCUAGUCGGCGCAGAACUGCCUGUCUUCUUCAUCGAAAUCCCGCUGCCUAAUGAGGUGGGGCGGUUGGAGAUUUUGAAGAUUCAUGCUAGUGGAGUGGCGAUUGAGGGGGAGAUUGACUUUGAGAGUAUUGUGAAGAUGAGUGAUGGGUUGAACGGGGCUGAUUUGAGGAAUGUGGUCACGGAAGCCGGUUUGUUCGCCAUCAAGGACUACCGGGAUACGGUGAACCAGGACGAUUUCAACAAGGCUGUGCGCAAGGUCGCUGAGUCGAAGAAGCUGGAGGGUAAAUUGGAGUACCAGAAACUGUAA